AUGUCCCGUCGUAUUUUCCGUCUACCUUUCCUGCGUAGCGUCGUUCCCAGGUUACAAGCACCGUUGCUCCCUGUUUUGCGGCCUGGAGUUGUCCAGCAUGGCCCUCGUACUUCUCAUUCUCGUCUCUUUUCUCAUUUUCCAGCUCGACUCUCCUCGUCGCCUCAUCCUUCAUCAAACUUGCCUCCAAAUGCGACUCUCACAGAACGACUGAAGCAUCUCAUCAAGUCUUACGGCUGGUACGCGCUUGGCGUCUACCUCGUCCUUUCUGUCGUCGACUUUGGCGUCGCAUUUGCAGCCAUCAAUCUUAUUGGUGCCCAGCAAGUCUCCCAAUUUGCAGCAUCCGCAAAAGAGGCGGUCGUCAGUCUUGUACACUCUCGGCCGCCGGAUCCAGGUCAGGAAGACAUGGACUCCACCGUCAGAAGCGUUGAGCAGGGGGGCAAUGAAGGUCUCUAUGCAAUGAUUGUGCUCGCGUACACCAUUCACAAAACCCUAUUCGUUCCUGUCCGCAUUGGACUCACUGCCGGCUUGACACCCAAAUUAGUUGGUUGGCUGAGGCAAAGGGGUUGGGCAGGCGGUGCUGGAACGAGACGAGCAGCGACCGAGAUGAGGGACAAACUGCGAAGGAAUAGCCGUUCAUAA